AUGAGUGCCCAGAGCCGGAGCCGGAGCCGGAGCCGGAGCCAGAGCCAUCAAAAUUACCCCACUGAGGUGGGGGCCAUUAUCGGCCGCCUGAUCAGCAUGCAUCUGGAGGCUUCAGAUACCUAUCUCUCUCUGGGAUUUUUCUUCAAAGGUAACACGUCUGUGGAAGGCCUGGUUCACUUCUUCCGAAAUCUGUCUGAAGAGAAGCGCCAGGGUGCCUAUCUUCUGAUGCAAAGUCAGCAGAGCAGCUGUGACCUCUACUUUACUGGGCAGACACUGCCCUCAUAUCAGUGUGAUGGGAGCCUGGAUGCCAUGGAAACUUCCUUGGCCUUGGAGAAGAACCUGAAUCAAGUCCUUCUGGAUCUGCACGCCCUGGGGUUUGCUAACUCAGACCUCCAACUCUGCCACUUCUUGGAGACACACUUCUUAGAGAAGGAGGCGAAGCUCAUCGAGAAGAUUACCGACAACCUGAGGAACCUCCGCCAGCAGGCGACUGAGGUUGACAGCCUGAGUGAGUAUCUCCUCAAAAAGCUCACGUUCAAUGGUGACUAG